CGGCCCUAUAGUUCCGGCUGUGGCGCGCGCACGGAAAGUUUAGGCAGACGGACUGUGACCUGCGAUGGGCUUGCGGGGGGAGAGGGAGACCGGGGGCCGGCGGCUGUCUUUCGCUGCUGGCUGGGGCUACGCUUGAAGGAGUUAGGGGCGAAGAAGGAGGCAGGGCCAGCGCCCGGCCUUCUCGCCGCCCGGGGGCUGCCCCGCGCCGUCUCUGAGGCGCCAGUUCCGGGGCCCUGCGCCCGGCCUCCCAGCGCUCGUGCGACCCGGGGUCCUCAGCGCCGCGGACCCGGCACGGUUUCGCCUCUUCUGCCCGUGGAAGAUUUCCAGAUCUCGAAAUUGUUUGAUUUCUAAGCAUUUCUCUGUUGGUAGUACGCUGUUCACAUUCUCAUUGGAAACACUGGGAUCAUUUUCAUCAUGCCGACGGUGGUGGUAAUGGACGUGUCCCUCUCCAUGACCCGCCCUGUGUCUGUCGAGGGCUCCGAGGAGUACCAGCGGAAGCACCUGGCAGCCCAUGGUUUGACGAUGCUGUUUGAGCACAUGGCCACAAAUUACAAGCUCGAAUUUACAGCCUUGGUGGUUUUUUCAUCACUCUGGGAGCUGAUGGUCCCUUUCACACGAGAUUAUAACACCCUACAGGAGGCACUAAGUAAUAUGGAUGAUUAUGACAAGACCUGCCUGGAGUCCGCAUUAGCUGGUGUGUGCAAUAUCGUUCAGCAGGAGUGGGGUGGUGCAGUUCCUUGCCAGGUUGUUCUGGUGACGGAUGGCUGUCUUGGCAUUGGUAGAGGGUCACUGCGGCAUUCCCUGGCUACUCACAAUCAAAGAAGUGAGAGCAACAGGUUCCCACUGCCCUUUCCUUUCCCAUCUAAGUUGUAUAUCAUGUGCAUGGCAAACUUGGAGGAGCUUCAGAGCACGGAUUCCUUGGAGUGCCUUGAACGUCUCAUAGACUUAAACAAUGGUGAAGGGCAGAUUUUUACUAUUGAUGGCCCCCUGUGCUUGAAAAAUGUACAGUCUAUGUUUGGAAAAUUGAUAGAUCUGGCAUAUACACCUUUCCAUGCUAUUCUCAAGUGUGGCCACCUAACAGCUGAUGUGCAGGUCUUCCCAAGGCCAGAACCUUUUGUCGUAGAUGAAGAAAUUGAUCCUAUACCUAAAGUUAUUAAUACAGAUUUGGAAAUAGUGGGAUUUAUUGAUAUAGCUGAUAUUUCAAGUCCCCCUGUUUUGUCCAGACAUUUAGUGUUACCUAUAGCACUUAACAAAGAAGGUGAUGAGGUGGGUCCUGGCAUCACUGAUGACACUGAAGAUGAAAAUUCAGCCAACCAGAUUGCAGGCAAAAUACCCAACUUCUGUGUCCUGCUCCAUGGCAGCCUAAAAGUAGAAGGAAUGGUGGCGAUUGUUCAAUUAGGUCCUGAAUGGCAUGGAAUGCUCUACUCCCAAGCUGACAGCAAGAAGAAAUCAAACCUCAUGAUGUCUCUUUUUGAGCCUGGCCCAGAGCCUCUCCCAUGGCUAGGGAAAAUGGCACAGUUGGGUCCUAUUUCAGAUGCUAAAGAAAACCCUUAUGGCGAUGAUGACAAUAAGAGCCCAUUCCCUCUGCAACCCAAAAACAAACGCAGCUAUGCCCAGAACGUGACUGUCUGGAUCAAACCCAGCGGCCUGCAGACAGAUGUACAGAAGAUUUUAAGAAAUGCAAGGAAACUACCUGAAAAAACACAGACAUUCUAUAAGGAGCUGAACCGUUUACGGAAGGCCGCCCUGGCCUUUGGUUUCCUGGACCUGCUCAAGGGGGUGGCCGACAUGCUGGAGCGGGAGUGCACACUGCUGCCUGACACGGCCCACCCUGACGCUGCUUUCCAGCUCACCCACGCCGCCCAGCAGCUCAAGCUGGCCAGCACAGGCACCUCCGAGUAUGCUGCCUACGACCACAACAUCACACCUCUGCACACAGACUUCUCUGGGAGCAGCGCCGAGCGACUGUGAAGCUGACUUUUGGAGCCUCCUUCACUGCAAUUGAAAACGAGGGUAAAGACCUUUCCAGCGCGGGCCCUGCUGGUGCAGCCACCCAGAGGGCCCCGAGGGCUCCCUCAGAACUGCUACUUGCUGCUCUGAACAACCCUGUGAGAAGGCCCCGAGGCCGGCCAGUUUCCAGGGCCUGUAAUCUGUAAGCCCAAAGGACAGCUGCCGCUCGUGUGAUGGGCGCAUCUCAUGAGAAGCUUGAAAGACUGGGUGGUGAGCACAGGGCUCCCUGCCUGCCCAGGAAACCUCAGCGGCCAGGGCUCCCUGCUCCCUGGAAGCCUGCUCUUCCCUCCAGCUCUGUAGCUCAGCGUCAGGACACUGCCAAGCUCUGUCCUCGGGACGAGCAGUCCACACUGUCUCAACACCACUACGUGUCGAACUUCUUAGAACUUGGGAAACUGGAAACCUUUAGGCACUUCUGGUAUGUUUGAGUUCCAGACUUUUAAACAGCAACCACAAAUAUAAAUGAUCCCCAUUUCAAUUUUUUUAAUGAAAAUACUCAAUUUUCUAUAAAAUGGUUUCACUGUAAAACUAA